AUGUUUCUCGCGAAAAUAAAUGGAUUCACGCCAUGGGGAAACAUUUUGCGAACAACUUCGGCAGAAAUUGUCCAAAUUCGAGGCCGAAAGCGUGCCCUCAAGCAAACGCUGACUCGACAACAAAAAUUGGAUCGACGAUUAAAAAGAGAGGCCAAAGAAGCGGCACGAAAACAGUACACCUUCAUGGAAAGAAUUAACAUUAGAAGGAUGAAAAACUUAUUAUCUCCGUCAGAACAAUUUCCGGGAAGACUAAAUCUGGAAGAAGAGGCCGCUCUACCCGAUAGCCCAACAACGAAUGUUUAUAUUAGGUCAACUUUCAAAACACAAUAUUAUUCGGUGCCUGAAGCGCUUGCAAUGCAUCGUGAACUACAGCAUCCUUCAAUCUAUAACCGGCCAGAUGCACCACUGAAGCUGCGGAUAGAGCUUAAUAUGACCACCGAAAAGCAGACAAAGAUGGUAUCAAAUUCUGAUGAGAUUGUGCCUGUUCCGUAUCCUUUUCAACAUCGAGAAAAGAGAACAAUUUUGGCCUUUGUCAACGAUCCAAAGCUACAGGAAUUGGCGGUUGAAAGUGGCGCUGAAUUGGCGGUUGGGCCGGAUAUAAUCAAGAAGGUCAUCAAGGGACAAUUUCGGAUGGACGAUUACGAUUUCUGUGUGGCUCAUACGGAUAUGUCUUCCCAUAUUCUUCCGCUUCGUGGAUUGCUCAGAACGAAGUUCCCUACAAAGAAAAAUGGUGGGCUUGGCGACGAAUUGCCCGAAAUCAUCGAACGCUUUCGAAGUGGAGUCAAGCUGGGGAUAAAAGGAGAUCCCGUUCAUCCAAUUUGGGGGUUAUCCGAUCCAAUUGUUGGGAGGUUGUCGAUGCCAGAUGACCAAAUAGAAGCGAACGUCGGUGCUAUCAUUGAAGCCUUGUGUGCUAAUCGAAGUGCUGCCUUGGGCUCAUUCGUUAAUCGAUGCCUCAUGAUGACCAUUCCUGGUGACGCACAUUUUGCUCUUGAUGUGAAGAAAUGGCUACCGAUUCCAUCUGAAGAAGAACUAGAAAAAAUGGACUCCCGUAGAGGAGGCAAAAAGCACAAGAAGAAAGAAGAGAGUGCAAAAGAUCGAGGCGAUGCCAAAAGUGAUUUGCCUGUCGAUGAUGAAGCUCGAAAACAAGCGGCCAGUGGA